CCGCUCCGUGUUUUGCGUCCUCCGCUCCCCCUCCUUCCCGCUGGAUCCCAGCCCCUCGCGCUCUAUCUCUAUCACUCCACUCCGUCUCAAUAUGUCUCAAGAUGGCGGCCAAUGCGGGAUCGAUGUUUCAAUAUUGGAAGCGCUUUGAUUUACAGCGGUUGCAGAAAGAUCUGGAUGCUACGGCUGCGGUGUUGGCCAACCGACAGGAUGAGAGCGAGCAGGCCAGGAAACAGCUCAUCGAUCAGAGCCGGGAGUUCAAGAAGACCACACCAGAGAUCGACGCUGUCAAUCAGAGGAGCAAGGAGUCAGAAGCUGCCUUCCUACACGUCUACAAGAAACUAAUUGAUGCUCCAGACCCGAUGCCGGUGCUGGAGGCGUCCCAGCAGCUGCAGCUCUCAGCCCAGAGGAUGCAGGAGGUGGAGACGGAGAACCAGAGGCUCCGGGCGGCCCUGGAGGGCUACCAGCAGGACCGGGCCCAGCUCCACCGCUACGAGAUGACAAUUAAAGCACUUAACCAGCAGAUAGAAGGGUACGAGAAGAGCUCCCGGCAGACCACGCAGCCGGGGGGAGGGCACCAGCGGCUGGAAGGAGAGGCCCUGGAGAGAGAGGCCCUGGAGAGAGAGGGCCUGGAGACAGAGGCCCUGGAGACAGAGGCCCUGGAGGGAGAGGCCCUGGAGACAGAGGCCCUGGAGAGAGAGGGCCUGGAGAGAGAGGCCCUGGAGGGAGAGGGCCUGGAGAGAGAGACCCUGGAGAGAGAGGGCCUGGAGAGAGAGGGCCUGGAAGGAGAUGGCCUGGAGAGAGAGGCCCUGGAGAAAGAGGCCAUGGAGGGAGAGGCCAUGGAGAAAGAGGCCCUGGAGGGAGAGGCCCUGGAGGGAGAGGGCCUGGAGGGAGAGGCCCUGGAGACAGAGGCCCUGGAGACAGAGGCCGAGGCCCUGGAGGGAGAGGCCCUGGAGGGAGAGGCCCUGGAGACAGAGGCCGAGGCCCUAGAGGGAGAGUCAAAGACAGACAUGUUCAGGGACGAAGAGGAGAAGCGAGAGCGAGUUUGCGCUGAUACUGAAGACGAGAGUGAGCAUAAAGAGAGAGGGCACCCUACACCUUCGGGCCGGGAGGGGGCUGACGUCAGCGGACGGCACCAACACACAGCACUUGAAGUGACGCAGACGGAGGACCUGAGCAGCAAGUCUGACAAAGAGUCGACUACAAAGGCAGACCACAUGAAGGAGGUGAUGUCAGAGCUGGAGGUAGCCAAUCAGAGAGCGGACGCUGCGGAGCGGGAGGCCGCCGCGCUACGGGACCAGCUGACGUCGGCCCACCAGUCCCUGCAGCUGGCCACGCAGGUCCAGAAGGCUCCGGAUAUGGAGCGGGCCCUGGAGGUGCUGUCGCGCUCCAACUUGGAGGUGGAGCUCAGCACCAAGGAGCGCCAGGUGCUGCAGCUGACGGAGGACGUGCAGACGCUGCACAGCAGCCUCGGUCGCGUCAGGGAGACCUCCGCCGAGCAGAUCGGCCAGCUGAGGCGAGAGCUGGAGACCCGCAAGGCCGCGCUCAAGCGACUGGAGGAGAAGCUUGGCGAACAAGCAGACUACGAGAACAUCAAGAAAGACCUCCGUUCUCGCAAGUCCACCGAGUCUGGAACGUCAAACUGUUUGUCAGCUCAGGACUUCAAGCCCAUGGACAUGUUAUUACAGGAGAGGAGUCAAUACGUAAAGAUAGAGAAGUCCUCUCUGAACCACAACAAUAGUGAUUUGAGUGCUGCGUCAGGGCAGAGAGUGACGGAGGCGCUGCAGCAUCUCCUCUCCAGCCCCAUGAUGAACCACCAGAGCCGCCAGGACUCCCCCCCUCCUCCCCCACCGUCCUCCCAGCUGCUCGUGCGCACCGGCGGCUCCUCCGCCAAGUCCUCCAGCGAGGAGCCCCACAGAGCCGCCAACGGCACCCACCGCUUCUCCCCGACGGGCGUGGGGAUCGUCGGCGGCCAGGACUUCUUCAGCCCGUCCUCGGUGGCGUCGGUCGGCAGCGCGGCCUUCCCGCUCUCCGGGAAGAUCGCCCUCAACUCCCUGCUCCACCGGCAGCUCAUGCAGACCUUCUACUCCAAAGCGCUGCAGGACUCGGUGUCCUCCCCCGGCGGCGGCGGGCUGCUCUUCUCCCCCGCCGCCCACUACCAGCCCCCGCCGCCCGGGCCCCACCCCGCGGCGCAGGCCCACGGCCAGCCGCCGCCGCCGCCGCCAGCCUCCGCCACGGCCAGCCCCGACGCCAGCGGCCCGGUGCCGUCCCCCAGCCAGUCGGAGGGGGCCGGGAGCGCCUCGGAGGGCGAGGACAUGGACACGGCGGAGAUCGCGCGGCAGGUGAAGGAGCAGCUGAUCAAGCACAACAUCGGCCAGAGGAUCUUCGGCCACUACGUGCUGGGCCUCUCGCAGGGCUCCGUCAGCGAGAUCCUGGCCCGGCCCAAGCCCUGGAGCAAGCUCACCAUCCGGGGCAAGGAGCCCUUCCACAAGAUGAGGCAGUUCCUGGCCGACGAGCAGAACAUCCUGGCCCUGCGCAGCAUCCAGGGGCGGCAGCGAGAGCACCCAGGCCAGAACCUAAACCGAGUGUUUCAGGAGGUUCCCAAGCGGAGGACCGGCUCUGAGGGCUCCGCCAGGCCAGGCAACAUCACCACCCGCAUCCGCACCCCCGAGACGGGCUCAGACGAAGCCAUCAGGUCCAUCCUAGAGCAGGCCAAGAGGGAGCUCCAGGUCCAGAAGUCUGCGGACUGCCUGCAGUCUCCCUCCCCCGGGGGCGGUGGCGCCGAGGGCUCCGACGACGCCAUCACCGGCAUCCUGGAGCAGGCGCGCCGGGAGAUGGAGGCGCAGCACGCCGCGCUGGAGCCCCUCCUCAAGGCCUCGUCCAGCGACCUCUCCCUGCUCCCGCCCAAACUCUACCUGGGCGCCUCGGCGGGCCUCUCCCAGGCCGCCUUCUCCUCGCUCUCAUACUCCUCGCUGAAGAGGGCCGCCGCGCUCAGGCCCGCCUCCUCCUCGCCCUCGCCCGCCGCGCCCUCCCCGGCCGCCAUCUUGGACUUCCACCUGGGCGUCCCGGUGGUGAAGAGGGAGGCGGGGAGCGGCGCGGGCGGAGGCGGAGGCGGAGGAGGUGGCGAGGGGGCCGCGGAGGCCGACGGUCUGGCCGGCGGCAGGCCGGGAGCCGCGGCGCGGGGGUCCUGGCGGGAUCACUGGUGGAGCAGCAUGCACCCCCCCGGAGGGUGGGCCAAGACGGAGGAGCCCAGGGACCCGGAGGAGAGCAAGGAGAGGCCGGCCCGUCCAGCCGGCCCCGCCCUCUCCUCCUCCUCCUCCUCCAUGGACUACUGGAAGGAGUGGCCGCGGGCCGACUCACCGUACUCCCACGCCGGGCCCGAGGCCCCGGGCCCCCUGAGCCACGCCGACACGCCCCACGGCGCCCCGUCCCCGCUGGGCCUGGGGGCCAGCCUGGGCGCCCUGGGGCCCCUGCUGCCCUCCGGCGGCUCGGCCAUGGCCACGGCGGCGGCGGCGGUGGCGGGGGCCAAGGCCCCGCGGCCGGCGGUGGCCCCCCUGAAGCCGGAGCAGUACGAGCUGUACAUGUACCAGGACGUGGACACGCAGGACCUCACCCAGCAGGUCAAGGACAAGCUGGCCAAGAACGGCAUCUGCCAGCGCGUCUUCGGGGAGAAGGUGCUGGGGCUGUCCCAGGGCAGCGUGAGUGACAUGCUGUCGCGUCCCAAGCCCUGGGCCAAGCUGACCCAGAAGGGCCGGGAGCCCUUCAUACGGAUGCAGCUGUGGCUCAACGGCGAGCUGGCACAGAACGUCCUGCCCCUGCAGGGCCUGGCCGUUACAUUGGAGAGCACCCCCAGGACGUCGGCCAGCUGCAGCCCGGCCCAGUCCCCCCUGAGCUCCGUGGAGGACUCGGUGAGGAGCCUGGGGGAGCCCGCCCCGGGGCUGGCUGCGUGCGACGGCGCCCCGCAGGAGGCCAGCGAGGCAGGGGAGGAGCGGUGUCCCGGCAGCCCCCCGCCUAUGCCCGGCCUGGCCUCGGGCCUCAGCGUCCAGGAAAUGGUGGCCAUGUCCACGGAGCUCGACACCUACGCCAUCACCAAGAAGGUCAAGGAGGUGCUGACGGACAACAACUUGGGCCAGCGUCUGUUUGGGGAGAGCAUCCUGGGUCUUACCCAGGGCUCUGUGUCCGACCUGCUGGCCCGGCCCAAGCCCUGGCACAAGCUGAGCCUGAAGGGCCGCGAGCCCUUCGUCCGCAUGCAGCUGUGGCUCAACGACCCGCACAGCGUGGACAAGCUGAUGGACAUGAAGCGCCUGGAGAAGAAAGCCUACCUGAAGCGACGGCACAGCCUGGCGACCGAGGGCCACGGCAGCGCCGGGGAGCUGGGCUUUUCCCUGGGGGACUACAGCCCCCAGCCCCACCCCCACCAGCAGCAGCAGCAGCAGCCUCCGGGGGGACACCUCAAGAAGCCCCGUGUGGUGCUGGCCCCCGAGGAGAAGGAGGCCCUGAAGAGGGCCUACCAGGAGAAGCCCUACCCGUCCCCCAAGACCAUCGAGGAGCUGGCCUCGCAGCUGCACCUCAAGACCAGCACCGUCAUCAACUGGUUCCACAACUACAGGUCUCGGAUCCGCCGGGAGCUGUUCAUCGAGGAGAUCCAGGCGGCGGCGGCGGCCGGCGAGAGCCGCAGGGCCACCGGCGGGGAGAGCGACUACUGCGACGGCACCGAGUCAGAGGGCACGGCGGACAGCAGCCGCCUGGACCCCGCCCAGGAGGGGGGCCUGGACCCCGCCCAGGAGGGGGGCCUGGACCUCAGCAUGGAGGGGGGCCUGGACCUCAGCAUGGAGGGGGGCCUGGACCUCAGCAUGGAGGGGGGCCUGGACCUCAGCAUGGAGGGGGGAUGCGGGGCUCUGGACAGGAGCCAGGCCCCGCCGCGCGUCCCGGCCCCACGCGGGGGGAACCCCCGAGAUAGCUCCCUGCGCAAGAGGAAGGCGGCCAACCUGAACAGCAUCAUCCACCGGCUGGAGAAGGCGGCCGGCAAGGACGACCUGCACGACUGGGAGUUCUGAAGCACUCAGGGACCUCGUUUAGCAAUAAGGCCACGACGCAACACAGGAGAUGAUAUUUUUUAUAGUGCCCUGACACACGACGUUGGACCCUGGCACACUGGCGGCCAGUUUCUUCUUUGUUGGUACUUCUUUUGUAUCGUUGAAGAUGUGGUUACGUUGCUUGGCGGAGUAGGUGGUGGUGGUGGGGGGGGGGGGGGGGGGGGGGGGGGGGGCUGCAUCGCAGCAUCUCUUAAAGUGACUGGUUUCCCCCCCCCCCCACACACACACACACACACACAAAAAAGAAUUUGAAAAAAAAAAAAGCACUUCCAGCAAAAGCGGCCCUUAAACGCCGGCGAGAGGUUUGAGUUAGAGACAAGCCCCGGUGUCGCUCAUCAAGACUGUUUCACUCCACAGCAGAUCCACCUCAAAGGGAACAAUAGAUCAGAUCACCCAAGAGGGCCGAGGUACACCCGUUCCCCCCCAGUGUACGGUGUCUGGGACGUCUCCGAGUAACUCACCUCUCUGGGCCCGUCACAGCCAUCUAAUGGCCUGGGACCACUCUUGAAGCUGUGGACUCCAUGCAAGCUGUAUUUAUAGUAACCCAUGUACCGACUCCCCCCCCCAAUCAUGACUCUCAACAGCCAUUUGGUUGCCACGAAGAGAUUGCACAGUCAGUUGACUCUAAACAAUAUUAGUUUUUGACUCAUACAUUUUUGAUAAAAAAUGAAAAAGUGAAAAUACUAAUCAUUUGUUUUAAAGAAAUUGCUAUAUAUACAUGAGAAUCACACUUUGUUUCAAGCUAAACAUGAAAUGCAAUAGUUAAGUCAGGAAUUAGGCUACGAUCUUGUAAUAACAUACGUUUAGGUUUCCUUUGUUCCCAACAUAGAUUGUUUUGUUAUGUAACGCACAGCUUGUUGCUAGCUUUAACAACGCUGCCAGGGGCAGGACUAUUGGAGGACGGCAGUUUAUUUAAUACGCUUUGUUUUAAGACCAAAAUCAGGUUGGAGUAGGAAAACCAGAGGAAAAAGGAAAAGAGAAUUGAGACAAGAAAGCCAAUACCCUUUCUAUAUGUUUUGAUUGUUUGUCAAUUAAGAACUUUUAACAUAUUUAACUAAAACAAAAUGGACACACGCAAACACGUGCGCACACACACACACACACAAACACACUUUCAAGACCUCGUAAUCUUGGCGGGCCGUGGGUCCAAUAGCCACAUGCAGCUCAUUGGUUGACCCCAAAGGCAAGAGGGCAUUUCAUUGGAUGAGAGACCCAGAGAUGCAUGGCCUUCUUCACUUCCUGUUUUGUUUUCCGUUUCUCAACUUCAGCUGUUACUUGGCUGUGUGUCUGUGAGACCUAGUAUCUCACACACCUGCACAAACAGCGCCAACAGCACACACACACACACACACACACACACACACACACACACACACACACACACACACACACACACACACACACACACACACACACACACACACACACACACACACACACACACACACACACACACACACACAUACACAUAUACACAUACACAGCUGCCCCGUACUGAUGCAAGUCACUAUUUGUAUGUCAUACCUGGUUCAGAGUGCCUGUCCACUGCCCCUUCACCUCUCUUUCCCCUUUUGAUGUUAUGGGAAUGUCUGUGUUGGACAGUUCUUACAUGCACUUUUUCCUGUGCUUGUGUAUGUGUGUUUGUGUUAGUGGGUGAGUGAGACUUAUUAAUAUGCAUCCUGUGACCAAGCAGUCUUUUCAUAAUAACUCGACUAGACUGGGGUAUCCUCACUUGAACCGGUUACUGCCCACGCACACACACAGACACACACACACACACGCGCACACACACACACACACACACACACACACACACACACACACACACACACACACACACACACACACACACACACACACAUACACAUACACACCAGACAAACACGCGUAUGGCUCAGAAACAGACUUGUACCAAGGAGUUGUUCGUUCUACUGGUAUAACAGAUUCACCGCUCAUUAGGUCCUUAAACCAUUUAUUUAAAAAAUGUGUAUGUUUUUUCUUAUCUUUUGUCCAUUCAAAUUAUUUAUAGGUGCUUUUUUUUUUACAUUCUAAUAUCAAGUAUAUAUUUUUUGUGUUUUCUCAUUAUUUUCAUUAUUCCUAUUUUCAUUAUGUUGUUAUUGUUAUUCUCACGUAUGAAGGGACAGUAGAGGUUUUGUUACAUCGUUUGUUACAUAAUUGUUGUUUUACUAACAGACUGCCGGCAGUAUUGGGUCAUACUUACAUACACACAAGAUGUAGAUGUCGUUAAAUCCUAAAUAUACAGUAUAAAUAUAUAUAUAUAUAUAUAUGUGUAUGCAUAUAUAUAUAUAUAUAUAUAUAGAGGUAUAUAUAUGUAUACGUUUUUCAUGUUGGUUUUAAAGUGUAAUUUAGAGUAGUGUUUACAACUCUGCAUAGUGUGAGUUUAGUUCCUGGUCUCUGCAUGCUAUUCUUAUUAUUUCUUGUGUGACGCAGUGUUUCUCCACCCCAGACUCAACGCAUUGACCCAACAUGUCGGGCCCUCUCUUUAAGAAGGGUCCAGGUCAGUAAGGGGUAACCCAUCAUUUCACCUCAUCUCGCUCCGUGGGAUCACCUUACCUUACACCCCUCACGACGGAUGUCGCCGUGUUCCAUCUUUUACUCCGCAGAAGGGCUGUAGCACGGAUUCUGUUGAAGGUUUAUCAAGAUGACGUCUCCCCCUCCCCAAAGUUCACCUCAAUCAGGACACUUACCUCCAAAACAUCAGCUUACUUUGCUUCAGCAUUGCAUUGGCCUCCGUACAGCUCCCCAGGUGACCCUGAAUCCCGCUAAAGCAUCGCCCCAACGCCCCCUGAACGUUACUCUUAUGUCCCGGUUGAGAACCGGGCCUCCUCAAGUGCCACGCUGCGCACAGGGCCCGCUGAGAGCAGCCCUGUUCAGCUCAAUGAUUGGACUCUAAUCAAUUGAUGGAAGCACAAGGUCACACACACUCAGCAGCAACGGUCUCACUCGUUGAUUUAACACUCUAAAAUGACGCAGAGCACACAACUUAGUGGGAAAAUUGACAAAUAGUGCCUUUGUGAGCCCGGCUUGAGUUUUGACUUGAUUAAUAAUGAAUACUCAUAAAGUUCAGUUCAUUUGAAGACACCAGUUCUUACAUUUUGGUGAAUAUUCUAUAAGGCUAUGAAUACAUGAUAAACAUUCAUGCAAAGCAUACAAACAUAAAAUGUAGCAUUUCCAUGUUCAUCCUGGCAGCGAUGACAAUGCAUCUUGUUGCAUCGUAUCCGAGUCAUUCUCCCUUUACUUGUACCGCAUGUCUUUAAGUACAAGGAUAUACACGUGUUGAACACCAUUCUGAGCACCUGCGUUUGGUUGCCAUUAUCAAGUUUUUGGCAGCUGUCAUGUUUUGUUAAGAGCAGCACACUCCAAAGCUGAAAGAAGCUCCCACUCAUAGAUACCAAAGUAGCUUAUUGGAAAGUCCUCUACAGAGUGGCACCUCGUGGUGGGGUUACGAGCAGUAGGGGACCUGAUCUGAGUGACAUCCAAGAAGUCAGAGAGGACCAAAAACAGGUUGAAUUCUAGUGUUGUAUGUUUUCAUCAUACUCACAUGGUUUAAUAUCUUAGUUGCGAGGGCUGUAUGUUGUCAGCCUAACAAACCUUGACAAAGGAACUCACGUUAAGAUAAAGAAAGUUUUAUUCAAAAAAUUGUUGGCCAAGCAGAACAUUUUGAGAGUUUGAUUCAGAAAAAUUCCUGCAUUGCAGAGAGUUUUUGUGGCAAAACAACACUGAUUGCAUGGUCUUGGCCAGUUUGUUUCCUUUAUUUGCAAUGGUGUUGUUAAAGAAAAACAAGUCAAAGUGUCAUUGCAGAAUCUGCGAUUCUCUAGACACAUUUCAGGAAUUUGCCUUUUGCAAAUAUUUUUCUAUAGAGCUAAAUCAGAUUGCUAUUGUGAUUAUACACUGUCAUAAAAGUGUGCAGGUGAAAUAUCCUCAUGGAAGUACUUAAACAUUAGAUUGUUUUAUGAUAAUUAUAUUCAAAUAUUGUACUGUUUUAUUAUUCCACGUGUCCAAACAUACUUAGCUAAAAAUGAUAAAUUCCCCAAACCUCAUUUGCCUUUUAAUAUUUUACCUUGUAAUAAUACAGUUGUCGAAUAUUAUCGUCAGUCAGAGUUGGCAAGAUGGCUUUCAGGAUGGUAUUCGUAACGUAUAGGUUAAUAAUAGAUGUGUCUGUAUUUACUCCACUCAUCAAUUUCACUUCCAUCUUUAAUUAAUUUUAAAGGACACAAUAAUAUUACCACAUAAAAAACUUCACCUGCACAGUGCGAUUUUGUUUGACCUUUUUCACCAAAUUAUUAUUAUCUAAAUUUUUAUUCUCCAGAGACAAAACAGAUUGAGGCAGAACCAAUCCAUGUCAUGAAUGCGCUUUGGGUUUAUGGUAAUAUUCUUCUAUUUAUUUCAUAACAUUAUAAAGUAAAGGCUGCAGUGACUGGGCUGGUGUUGAUUAGUUCAAACAGCUCAACCAUCCUUCUGCAACCAGCAUUCUGAAGACAUUCAACAUUUAGAUUCCCUGAUUAUUGAUUUAAUUUCAACGGAAUGUUUCGAUGCUGACGUUAAUUUUAGAUUUCCGAAUUUAUUCUUAGAAUUCUAGUUUCAAAAUCGUUUCAACCCUUUCCUUGUGGAACCAGGUCAAUGUUUGUGUUUUAUUUUAUUUUGAAAAUAACAGAAAUUGUAUGGAGAAGCUAGCUACACCUGCACCUCACCAAUACUACUACUACUUAACCAGGAUUAUAAGCAUCCUUUAAGGUGUAUAUUUCAACUGAUAACAAAGAUUCUAUAUAUUUCUUUCUUAUUUUUUGAGCACAGUGGAAAGUGCCACGGGAUUCUAAUAUUGGACUAUUUUGUAUUGUAUAGGGUUGUAUUUUAUUCGUUAUUUUUGUUCUCAGGCAUCUAUCAACGAUUAAUUCAUAACGGAUAGUCAGUCACAUCUGUGUGCCGUCCAAGCCGAUUCCAACCUCAUGAUUGCUAAUGUCUGAACUCAUUCAUCACUUUUAAUGAUGGUUAUUUUUCAAAGUCUGUUACCAGAUACAAUUUAGGUAUUUUAACGGAAAUCUUUGACUACUUUUGGUUUGACCUAAUGUUGAUUCUCAUUCUUAUUUUAUAAAUUAGCUGGCUAAACGUUUUGUACCAAAUAUAUUGUAAGAUGUUAGCAUUAUGUUCCAUUCUCUAUUGAUUAGCAACUUUAUUGAUGGUCUCCUAAUCUUGGGCCUUUGCCACUAUUUUGGAAAACCAUAAUUGUAUAGUCAUCAGUUUUUCAUAAUUUUCUCAUCCAUAUUGUUUCCUGAUUCUUUCUGAUUACGUGUCCUUAUGUUUCUGACUAACGCGUUACAAAUGAAAGCCUGCUUCAACCAAAAAGUGUCUUAUCUAAUGCAAACCAUUACUAAUAUCAGAGGAUUAAAUCACCCUUUCACACACUUAUUUAAGAAAGAUUAGGUUUGAGGCAUUUGUUUUGGCAUUAUCUGUGUGUCUUUCCUUGUCCUGUUCCCUUGCAUUUUUAAGGACUUCAUUAUCUUUUGUGCUGUUAUUUAUUUUUAUUUUCUCAACAGACUGGCUCAACUCACUCAGUCUCAGCUGGUCUCAUGUUCGUCUUUUAAAGCUCAGGUGGGCAUAAACCAUUGUAUUGGGGGACAGACUGCCAAACUCUCUCUCGCUCUUUCUCUGUCUCUGAGUGAUGUUCAAAGAUGUUACUAGCUGGUCUAUUUUUUAUAUUCAGAGAUGGCUAGACCCCAAUCUGUUGUCAUUAACUGAAGCAAAUGUAACCGAUAGUCCUAUCACUUUUAAUGGUUAUGUAACUUUUCCAAAUGUCUCUUUCUACAAUGUAUUGAUACUCUAGUCCUUUUUUUGUCACGUUAACACUUUUUUUCCCAGCACUGUAUGACAGCUCCUAUACAAUAUUUGAAAAGCAAUAUCACUGUAUGAAAUUCACUAUGUGUUAUUGUUAUUACUAUUGUUAUUAUUCACUAGCACACUAGGUGUGAUUAUUGAAGUAAAUAUCUUUUAUAUAAACACAAA